AUGUCCGAAGGACGCGAAAGAUAUUCUUUGCGGCAGACGCCCAAAAAGACAGAGCGUGCUGGAUUCGUUGAGACUCCACGAAUUCGCCGACCACGGAAGUCCCAAUUUCCCGAAGAGACAGACGAUUCUUCAUCCGCAACAGAUAAUUCUUCAUCGAAGAGGUCUUCGAGUCGAAAAGUCAACAUGGUCGAGGCAGCGACGGCCAACGAUCAUAUCAGUAAUGGCUCGGCAACUAAUGGCUUUACUUCUGCGGUCAAUGGCUUUAACACAAAUGAUUCGCUGAGGAAUAAAAGCGCAAAAGCCAAGACCGAGAUCGAAGAGAAGGCAGUUAAUGGGAAACCAGAGGUUACAGAAGAACCAAAGAUCGAAGAGAGGGCAGUUAAUGGGAUACCAGAGAUUAUAGACGACCCAAAGAUCGACUCUUCUGGCCAUUUCGACUUUGGUGGUUCUUUCGGCGUGAGUGCUAUGAUGAUCGGGUUCCCUUGUCUCAUGUGGUAUAUGUGGAUUGGAGCAACAUACUACAAUGGAAAAUUCCCCACGCCGGAACCAGGUCAAGCAUUUCUCGAUUUCGUCAAACAUAUGGGUCAUCUCGUCUACACAGGAGCAUUUCCCAGUCUUCGUGCGUGGAAAAUCUACUGGGUCUUCUUCGUCUUUGAGGGUGUCUGUUAUUGUCUUAUGCCAGGAGUUUGGGGUUAUGGUAAACCGCUCCCUCAUGAGGGGGGUAAGCAAUUGCCAUACUAUUGCUCUGGAAUCUGGUCAUUCUAUUUCACCAUUGUCACCGCUGCUCUCUUGCAUUACUUCGACAUCUUCAAAAUCUAUACUCUCCUUGAUGAAUUUGGGCCAAUUUUGUCAGUGGCAAUUUGCUCUGGAUUUUUGGUCUCAAUUGUCGCGUAUUUCUCGGCUUUGGCGCGUGGAGCUCAGCAUCGAAUGACAGGAUAUCCAAUUUAUGAUUUCUUCAUGGGAGCCGAAUUGAAUCCAAGAAUGUUUGGCAUCUUAGAUUUUAAAAUGUUCUUUGAGGUCCGUCUGCCUUGGUUCAUUCUUUUGGGUCUUUCAUGUGCCGCUGCUGCAAGACAAUAUGAGCAGUAUGGUUAUGUAUCGCCUGAAGUCGGCUUCUUGAUCAUGGCUCACUUUUUAUAUGCAAAUGCAUGUGCUAAGGGAGAGGAGUUGAUCAUUACUACCUGGGAUAUGUACUACGAGAAAUGGGGCUUCAUGUUGAUCUUCUGGAACCUCGCUGGUGUUCCUCUCAGCUACUGUCACUGCACCAUUUACUUGGCCAGCCACCCACCUUCGGAAUACUCGUGGAACAAGUAUUUCCUCUUCUUUUUGUACACCUCGUACCUCUUCGUGUACUGGGUUUGGGAUACUACCAACAGUCAAAAGAAUAGAUAUAGAUCUCGUGAACGUGGUACCGUCACAGACCGUAAGGCAUUCCCCCAACUGCCAUGGAAGGAGGUCAUGAACCCACGUGUCAUCAAAACCAAAACUGGUGAUUCAAUUUUGGCCGAUGGUUGGUACGGAAAGGCUCGCAAGAUCCAUUAUACUUGCGACUUCUACUUUGCUUUCUGCUGGGGUCUCAUUACUGGCUUCAAUAGCCCAUUUCCUUGGUUCUACUGUUUCUUUUUUGCCGGCAUGAUCUCUCAUCGCGCAUAUAGAGAUAUUCAGAAGUGUAGAGAGAGGUAUGGAGAGGCCUGGGAGGAGUACGAAAAACUGGUGCCAUAUUUGUUCAUUCCAGGUAUCUUUUAG